CAUCCAGAAAACGACAUCUGAAAUGCGUCCAUGGGUUAAAGUUGCCCCCUGUGAUAUCAAAUUCAGAUAACAACAAAACAUGUGAUCUCUGUAACAAAACAUUUUCAUCUAAAUUUGCCAAGGAAAGACACACCAGUGAAGUCCAUGACUCAAUGAGAACAGAGUGCAGCAAACCUACAGCUGUUCAGUGCAAGGAAUGUGGAGUAAACUUUUCCAGGUUAAGCAUCUACAGGCAACAUCUCCAACAGUUUCAUAACAUUGAAACUACUACAGCCCAGUAUGAGUUUGCUUCAGAAGAAGAGUUUAUGGCAUGGAAAGAUGCACUGGAAAUGGAGGUUGGAGUAAAUUAUACGUCUCAUACGGGUAACAAGAAAUCAGUUGACAGCACCAAAACCAUAUACUAUUGCCGAAGAUCAGGUGUGCAGAAAUCAUCAAAGAGUACCCACAAGCGUGCUGAAAAAAGCCAAGGUACCAGUAAAAUGGGAUACUACUGCACAUCAUCUAUUGAGGCAGUGAGGCAGAAUGGAUGUGUCCAGGUCACCUACUACGUGGAGCAUCAUGAGCAUGAUAUAAACUUCCACAGCCUUGUCCACAUGACUCUUCCUGCCAGCGUGAAGGAUAAAAUUGCAGCUGCAUCUAUGUUUGGUGCAUCUUCACUGCGCAUGAUUCUUCGUGGUGUCUCACAUGAACACAUUCUGGAACAAGUGCGAAAAUCUGCUGGAGAGAGUAGAGCUGCAAUAUUGGAGAGCCAGGAUAUAAAGAACAUUGUUACACAAUUUGGUCUGAAACAAGAACAUAAACGGCAUCCAGAUGACAGUACUAGUGUCCGUUUGAUUGUAACAGAAUAUAGGGAGGCAGGUGAUCUUUUGUAUUUCAAGGAUCAAAAUUCAAUAGACCCUGAGAAUCCUGAAAUAGGUAAAAAAGAAUUUGUACUGGGUUUCAUAAAAGAGGAACAAAGAAGGGUAUUCUCAAAACAACUUGAGAGUGGUCAAGAGCUUCAGAUUUGUAUGGACUCGACCCAUUGUAUUAGCCAGUAUGAAGGUUACCAAUUAACAACAUUGAUGACUGUCACAGAUCUAAACCAGGGUUUUCCUGUGGCCUUUCUUAUUAGCAGUACAGUAAAUGAAGCCAUACUUAAGGUUUUUCUUGGUGAAGUAAAAAAGCGUUUGGGUUCCCUCUGUGCAAAAAUCUUUAUGAGCGAUGAUGAUCCCAUGUUUAGGAAUGCUUGGAAUGCGAUCAUGCAUGGGGAUGUGCCUCAACAGGUUUUAUACCUGAACUGUAGUUGGCACACUGAUCGCACUUUCAGGAGAAAUAUUGGUUCUAAAAUCAAGGCACCUCUCCAUCAGAAGAAAGAGAUUUACCAAAUGGUUAGGGCACUCAUGGAUGAGCCAGAGGAGGAUGAAUUUAAUAAAAGUGCAAGGGAUUCCUGAUGCAUCUGAGUAAAGCUAAUUAUCAGCAGUUUCUCACUUACUUUAAUGAAAAUUACCUUGAUGAAAACAGGAUAAAACUGUGGCCCAAAUGUUUUAGAAAAGAUGUUACCCUCCAUACCAACAACUUUCUGGAAAGCAUGCACAGGCUACUGAAGUAUGUAUACAUGAAUGGUAAAAAGGUAAAGAGGUUAGACUAUACUCUCUGUUUUGGGUAAACUAGUGAAUGAUGUGACUUAUAAAAGAAUGAUAGAUUUAAUGAAAAACAGAACCAGAAGGCAUGAACUAAAUGAAAGACACCGUGACAGCAAGAAUCUUGACGUUGUGGAAGAUGAUGGACAUUUUCUUGUAAGUUCUGCCUCAAUUAAACAGAAGAAAUACACAGUAAUAACACGUGAUCUCUCCUGUAACAUAUGUAGAGAACGCUGUACAUAUUGUAAUGUAUGUCAAUGUAUGUAUAUGUGCACCUGUGAAGACAAUGAUAAAGGUACAAGAAAUAUAUGUAAGCACAUACAUGCUGUUGUUCAACAUAUGGAGGGUAAAACACAAGUAGCAAUGCCUAACUCCCCCUCUGAAGAAAUAGAAUAUAUCCAAGAUAUUGUAUGCAACAAAUUGUCCACGGAUUCACAGCCACAAAACUAUGGAGAACAAUUAAUUAAGUAUAUUCAUUCAAACCUGUUGCCUCAAUGUAAAGAAAUUUCUGACCAAGAAGCAUUUAAAGCUGCAGGUGAUCACAUUCGAAAGGCAGUUGCCAUUUUAAGUGCAGCAAAAAACUUAGCAAGCAGUAAUUGUAUGCUUCCUGUGGAUU